AUGGCGCCCGUUGGAGACGCAAGAGACGUGACGUCACCGUCUUCGCCCGUGACGUCACCUCCGUCGCCCAUGACGUCACGUGAUUCGCCCGUGACGUCAUCGUCGUCGUUCGCUGCCGGAGACGAUGACGUCAUCACAGGCGGCGUGGGCAGUGGCGGUAACGACGAUCUCGUGACGUUAUUGAGGGAGAAAUUGGCCCUUAUGGAGAGCGACAACGCCUACCUUAGGCUGAGGCUGCAGAAAGCCUACAAACUUGAGAUCACGGAGAGAAUGUGUCGAGAGCUGAGGAAAAGAGUUAAACAUUACGAAACCGUGAUAGACGACCAGGAAAUCAUCAUUCACGGCCUCAAGGACCAACUCCAGACCUACUUCUCGGACAACCAGCAGAUGGCGCAGCAGCUGACGUCGCUCUCGAGAGUCUUCGAGGAUCUGGAGGUGUCGGAGAGGACGGAGGAGGAGGAGAUAGAGGAGGAGGACGCCGAGGACGACAUGGCCACCGGCAUCGUGGCCGCCAUGGAAGGGGAGGACAUGCACGCCUCGAGGCUGAGGGAGCUCGAGGACCAGUGCUCCUACUUGUACCACAAGCUCUUGUCCUCGACGUCGCGCUCGCUCGCCCUCGCGUCGAGGCUGUCCGCCCUCCACCAGCAAGGAGGAGGAGGAGGAGGAGGAGGAGGCGCCAGCGAUUCCUCCUCCUCGUCCUCGGGUCUCUACAGCCUGCCCACCGAGGACGACCUCCACCAGAUGUCCUCGAGUGUGAGCAAGACCUACAUCAAACUCCGCGACCUCAUCUACGAGAAGAAGUCGCUCAUCACCGAGAUCGACCGCCUCAAGGUGCUCAACCUCGAACUCCAACGCCGAGUCGAGCAGCAGGAGUCCCGCCUCGAGGGAGUGACGGACGCCCUCCACUCCACCUGGCUCUUAGUCUCCAACAUGAAGGAGGAGCACGCCAGACUCCACACCUCAGAGUCCAUCCUCCGCUACGAGCUCAAGGGCAAGCGAGAACUCCUCCAGCACCUCAAGGACGAGCUCGAGUGCUCGCGCGACCAGUGGCACCGCAUCCGCCAGAUGAACUCGGAGAGCGAGGACGAGUGGGCGAGCAUCAAGGAGGAGCUCAACGCCAGGAGGAGGAGGAGAGGUAACGGGGGGGAGGAAGGAGGAGGAGGAGGAGGAGGAGGAGAGGAGGAGGGAGCCGUCGGAGGAGGAGCAGAAGGAGGAGCCGUCGGAGGGGCGAUUCCCAGCCCGCCCCUACCCCCUCCGCCCUCCUCGGCCAAGUUCGAGCCCCCCGUCGACCUCCUCCUCGACAUGGCCAUCGAGUACGGAGUCGUGGACGCCGAGGACGACAUGGCCACCGGCAUCGUGGCCGCCAUGGAAGGGGAGGACAUGCACGCCUCGAGGCUGAGGGAGCUCGAGGACCAGUGCUCCUACUUGUACCACAAGCUCUUGUCCUCGACGUCGCGCUCGCUCGCCCUCGCGUCGAGGCUGUCCGCCCUCCACCAGCAGUACGGCGACGAGGACGACGAGGACGAGGACGACUACGACGAGGACGACGACGAGGAAGGGGAUAUUUAUUACGAAGAGGAGGAGGAAGAAGAGGAAGAAGAAGAGGAGGAAGAAGGAGGAGGAGGAGGAGGAGCAGGAGGCUAUGCUUUCCUCGAGUCGGACUCAGGCGUCGCUUCUCCCUCACGUCCUCCUCCAACGCCCCUCCUGCCUUCUCCCUCACAAGAACCUCCUCCUCACACUCAGACUCAGACCUCCUCCUCGAACACUCUCUCCAUUCCUACCUCCUCCUCCACCACCACCAACGCCCUCUCCCACACCCCCCCGACCUCCCCUACCUCCUCCUCCCCCCCCUGCUCGCCCACCUCCUCCUCCAACGCCCUCUCCAACCCCGAGGACGACUUGAGCAAGCGCCUCAUCAACUUCCUCCCGCGAAAGAUCGAGAUUUUGCGCCGCGAAAACGAGAAACUGGAGGAAAAAGUCAAGUUGCUGAUGGAGGAGAAGGAGAAGAGAGAAGGAGAGAAAGAGAAAGAGGAAGAGGAGAAGGAGAAGAGAGAAGGAGAGAAAGAGGAAGAGGAGAAGAAGAGAGAAGAGGAGAAGAAGAGAGAAGAGGAGAAGAAGCGAGAGGGGGAGGAGAAAGAGAGGAAAGAGGCGGAAGAGAGGGACAGGAGAAAGAAGGAAUUGGAACAACUGAAGAUGGAAUUAGAGACGGAAAGGAGAAUAAGGAAACAACUGGAAGAGAAAUUGCAUCAUUUGGGGAAAUGCGUCGAUGAACUCAAGCUGGAGAGGAACGGACAGAUCAUCGAAGCAGAGGAGAAACUCAAGCAAAAAGUAGAAUCUCUGAGUCAGAGAGAAAGGGAAUACUCGACAUUAAAGGAAGACCUGGAGUCGCUUCGAGAGAAAUACGAGGAGAGAGGAAAUAUUCUGAGGAUUGCGAACGAGAGGGUGGGACAGCUGGAAAACUGUGAGAGAGAGUCGCAAAAUAAAUUGCAUUUGGCAACUGUGCAGGCAGCCGAACUGAAGACCGCUCACGACGAACUGAACAAGGAAUACGAACAAUUGAAGAAAGAAGUGAUAGGCAUAAGAGAAGAAAUGAGGAAAAUGAGAGAAGAGAUGGAGAGGAAAGGGGCAGAGAGGGAAGAGGAACAGGAGGUCUGGCGCCGGAAAGCAGAGGCUCUCGAGGAAGCUGAGUCUCGCGUCUCGAGCCUCGAGGGCGAGCGGGAGAGGCUGGAGGAGGAACUCAAGGCGAAGGAAAGGGAGGAGGAGGAAGAGGAGAGACGCAGGAUGGAGAGAAACCGAGAGGAAAAUGAAGAUUUGAAUGGAAAGAUUAUACAGAUAUUAAGCCGGCGAGUGCGCGCCUGCGACGAAUGCUUCUCAAUCAGAACGGAGUUAGCAGCAGUCGUGGCUUCCAUCCCUCUGCUGUCGACGGGGAAGAGGAGGACGGAGGGAGAGGCAGAUCCAAAAACCAUCACAGAGGAUGACAGGAAGAACAAGAGUAGUAAGACGGGGAAUAGAGACAAAGGAGAAGAAAUUAAAGAUAGAGAAGAAGAAGAAGAAGAAGAAGAAGACGAAGAAGACGAAGAAGACGAAGCUGAGAUUCGAGAAUCCUUCGCUAAUCCAGGCAGCAUCAGUGGCGUUGAGGCUUCUCCCGAGUACAGAGCCUCGAGCGCCUUACUCUCCGUGGAAAACCUGAGAGAAAAACCUCUGCUUGACACGCAGAUUUGGGUAAACGCUGGCAAUAGAUAUCUCCUUCCUGUUAAUCUUCCCUCUGGCGUCACUCUUCGCUGGUGCUUCUCGGCCGAGCCUAAGAGUGUGUGCUUCGCCAUCCUGCAUCAACCGGAAGCCGAAGAGAAAUUCAAUGGAGCGAAAAACGACCAAGAGAGAGACCGAGAGAGAGACAGAGAGAGAGGCCAAGAAAGAAACCAAGAGAGACACCAACUGAGAGACCAAGAAAACGACCAACCACCCGCCUCGUCCUCCACCUUUCCCUCGAUCGCCCCCUCUUCAUCCACUUUACCUCCAUCCUCCUCCACCUCCUCUACCUCCACCUCCUCCACCUCCCUCCACCGCGUCCUCAUCCCCACUACCCGUGUGGCCUCAGCACAAGGAACAGCCAUGAAGGGGAAACUCAGCACCAAACAACCAGGAGUCUACACUUUCCUCUUCGAUAAUUCUUAUGCCAGAUACACGGCGAGGAGGGUCUUCUUUUCACUCGAAAUUGAAGCGAGGGAAGAAACAGAAGGAGAUGGACAGGAAAUUCCGGACGAGUGAAGAGGAGAAGAAGAAAAAGAAGGAGAGAGACAGAGAGAGAGAGAGAGAGAGAGAGAGAGAGAGAGAGAUAGAGAGAGAAAGA